AUGGUAAGAGUGGAUGCUCUGGAGCCUAAACAAGAUGACUUAGUGGUAAAUAACAAUAACCUCCUUACUUACUCAGAAUGUGUCGCAGAACAAAUCAAUCAACUAGAAUUCAAACUUGCAGAUUUAGAGGGCAGAUCCCGGAGGAACAACAUUGGAUUCCGGGGAGUCCCUGAAUCAGUCCUGGCUUCUGAUCUCUCUGAUUAUCUCAUAAGACUAUUGAAAGAGCUAUUUGGACAAUUUGACAAUAGACCUGUGCAGAGUGCUGAGCUGCAAUGUUCAGGAUCUCAGUUGGGCCCUUCAUAUGAGUCCCUGCUGGAUGUCUUUGCUAAGAAAUCUUUCCGUCCAACUCUAAAUUACAGUCAUCCAACCAGUGUGAACAUCUCCUUCACUAUAUAUGCUGUUCUUGGUGUGAAUGAGAAAAGCCAAAUACUCACCACAUUCAUAUGGCUGCGCCUGUUUUGGCAGCACGAGUUCUUGACUUGGAAACCGGAGCAAUGUGGGGGUGUGCAGAAAAUUUCUCUGCCUGUGGAGGAUAUCUGGACCCCGGAUAUUAUUGUCUAUGAGUUCAUAGAUGAAGAUAAAUCUCAACGUACUCCCUUUGUGUACGUGAAUCAUACAGGCCGUAUCCGCUAUGACCGUAUGCUCCGAGUGGUCAGCUCAUGCAACCUUGGCAUUUUCAACUUUCCUUUUGAUGUUCAGAACUGCUCAUUGACUUUUGGCUCCUACAUGCACACAGUGAGGGAUGUGCGUUUGGGGUUGGCUCUGCCUGUGGAACAAAUUCUACAAAAUUCACUGCAAUAUUUGGAGACAAGUGGAGAAUGGGAGCUUUUGAGGAUUGACGGGAAUCCUGAUAUUCUGAAAUUUGGCAUUGAUGAGUGGGAUAUAAUCACAUUUUGGGUGGCGAUCAGGCGACGCUCUGUCUUGUAUGUAGUUAACCUGUUGAUUCCCAGCGCCUUCUUGAUGUUAAUUGAUAUCCUGAGUUUCUACCUUCCCCCACAUAGCACAGACCGAUCUUCAUUCAAAAUGACCUUGCUCUUAGGGUACACAGUCUUUCUGCUCAUCAUGAAUGACCUCUUGCCAAGUACUGCCAAUGGGACACCACUAAUUGGUAUUUACUUCUCGGUCUGCCUGGCUCUGCUCGUGCUAAGUCUACUGGAAACCGUUAUAAUCACACACAUCCUGCAUCGUGGCUCCCUGGAUAGGGGUUCAGUUCCUCCUUGGCUAAAGAGUGUGGUGCUAGGAUUUCUUGCCAGCCUGAUCUGUUACCACAGAAACACUCCUCGUGCACAGCCUCCUCCAUCUUCCAGCCAUGCCUUGCCAACUGACAUUGAAAAUAAUGAAUCUAGUCCCCCACCUCCUAGUCCCCAUCUUGAUAAGGUCAGCAACUCAGGUCACAAAGAGUUUCUGUUGAAUGUGCCCGAACUGAUCCUACCAGAUGCUUUAUGCCCUGGGCCUGAAUGGCAGCUGGCGCUGAUCAGUCAGAACCUCCGCAGGGUGAGAGAAAUGCUGGAGAGCAGGUGCCAACUUCAGGAGCAGGAGGAGGAGUGGGUGCAGGUUGGGUACAUCCUGGACUCCCUGCUCUAUCGGCUUUACCUGAUCUGCAUUGGGUCAUAUGCUAUUGUCAUCACCAGCAUGUGGUGUAUCUGGUACAACAGAUAA